CACACACACACACACAGACACAGUCAGUGACUGUACUAGUCUCUGUUUUUGACCUUUGACCCUCAGAGUAAGUUAAACCUGGAGGGGUUGUUCAGAUCUUCUGUCUUUACGUUGAAUGGAGCAUUCAUGGCGCCUGUAAGUCGGGCGCUUCAAUGGCGUAACCAGAUGGAAAAAUCCCAACUUUUUAGAACACAGCAAACGCACCCCAGGUCAUGUGACAAGAAUGAACCAAUGGCCUCCACAGGACUCGCUGCACGAGGACGUAACCACAUCAGGUUGCCUCCACACUAAUGCAGCGAGGGAUUUAUGGAGCUGCUGAUCCACGUCUUUUUGUUUGGACUCAGUCAGUCAGUCAGUGAGGUUUCCUGCUAAAUGACCACAACUUCACCAUGGUCACCAACGUCAUCAACGUCGCCAUGGUCACCAACGUCAUCAACGUCGCCAUCGUCAUCAACGCCAUCAUCGUCAUCAACGCCAUCUACGUCAUCGUCAUCAACGUCACCAACGUCAUCAACGUCAUCAUCGUCGUCAACGUCAUCAUCGUCAUCAACGCCACCUUCGUCACCGUCGUCAUCAACGUCACCAUCGUCACCGUCGUCAUCAAUGUCACCAUUGUCAUCGUCACCAUCACCACCUUCGUCAUCAACGUCACCAUCGCCACCAUCGUCACCAACGUCAUCAACGCCACCAUUGUCAUCAACGCCACCAUCGUCAUCAUCGCCACCAUCGUCACCAACGUCAUCAACGCCACCAUUGUCAUCAACGCCACCUUCGUCAUCAACGUCACCAUCGCCACCAUCGUCACCAACGUCAUCAACGCCACCAUUGUCAUCAACGCCACCAUCGUCAUCAACGUCACCAUCGUCAUCAACGCCACCAUGGUCAUCAACGCCACCAACGUCAUCAACGCCACCAUCGUCAUCAACGCCACCAUCGUCACCAUCGUCAUCAACGCCACCAUCGCCACCUUCGUCAUCAACGCCACCAUCGUCACCAUCGUCAUCAACGCCACCAUCGUCAUCAACGUCACCAUCGUCAUCAACGCCACCAUGGUCACCAUGGUCAUCAACGUCACCAUCAUCAUCAACGUCACCAUCGACAUUAACGUGACCAUCGUCAUCAACGUCACCAUGGUCAUCAACGUCACCAUCGUCACCAACGUCAUCAACGCCACCAUCGACAUUAACGUCACCAUCGUCACCAACGUCAUCAACGCCACCAUCGUCAUCAACGCCACCAUCGACAUUAAUGUCACCAUCGUCAUCAUCGUCAUGCCACAGGUUUUGGUUGCCUAGUAUAUAAAAGGAUGAAAGCGGCGGGCUACAUCUGAACGGCCCCUAAUUCAAUUAGAUUAAAUUUUAUUUGUAUAGCGCCAAUUCCUAACAGAAGUUAUCUCAGGACACUUUUCAAAUAGAGCAGGUCUAGACCGAACUCUUUAACAUUAAUUACAGAGACCCAACAGUACCACCAUGAGCAAGCACUUGGCGACAAGGGCAAGGAAAAACUGCCUGUUAAAAGGCAGAAACCUAGGACAGAUCCUCCGGCUCUAGGUGGGUGGUCGUCUGUCUCGACCAGUUGGGGUGAGAGAGAGAGAGAGAGAGCGAGAGACAGACAGACAGACAGACAGACAGACAGACAGACAGACAGGUGCACAGCAACAACAGUAUUGGCAAUGGCAAUCUAGCAGGAG